GUAUAAUGAACAAAGAUGAUGCCAUAGUUUUUUAGUAAUCUAAACCAUCUUUUCGAUUUCUUCAUCUGUAUUUCAUUUUGCUACCCCUUAUAGAUACUUAAAUCAUACCGAAACAACUAUAGUUCAUACACCAUGCCUGUAACGGAAAUCGAAUCAGAAUCACAAUUCACAGAAUUAACUAAAAAUGAUGCUACAAAGUUAAUUGUACUUUAUUUCCAUACGCCAUGGGCUCAACCAUGUCAAACUAUGAAUCAAAUCUUUAAAACUGUAGCUGAUUCCAAAGCUAGUGACAAUUCAAUCCUGUUCCUUAGUAUUAAUGCUGAUGAAUUAUCUGAAAUCAGUGAAUUAUUCGAAGUUAGUGCUGUUCCUUAUAUUAUUCUUAUUCGUAAUUCUGUAAUUCUUAAAGAAUUAUCAGGAGCUGAUCCAAAAGAAUUUAUAAAUUCGUUAAACCAAUUCUCAUCAUCAUCAUCUACAUCUACUUCACAUAAUGGUCCAACUCCACUUGCCACCGCGACUGCCACUAAACCACAAACUACAUCCCAACCAGAAGAAGAAUCAGAAGAUGCUGUUCAAGAAAGAUUAAAGAAAUUAACUACCGCUGCUCCUAUUAUGUUAUUCAUGAAAGGUUCACCAUCAUCUCCACAAUGUGGUUUCUCAAGACAAUUAGUUGCUAUUUUAAGAGAACAUCAAGUUAGGUUUGGGUUCUUUGAUAUUUUAAAAGAUGAUUCUGUUAGACAAGGACUUAAAAAAUUCAGUGAUUGGCCAACAUUCCCUCAAUUAUACGUUAAUGGUGAAUUCCAAGGUGGUUUAGAUAUCGUCAAAGAAAGUAUUGAAGAAGAUGACCAAUUCUUUGAAAAGGCUCUUCAAGCUGCGGCUUAAACUGGUUUCGUUCAUUUCCUAAGGUAUAUGUUCUCUCUUCUAUUUCUAUAUA